AAGUGUACAACGACACUGUUUGUGUGCUGUGUGUACUGUGUGUCUGUGUUUGUGUAUUGUGUCUUACACAAAUGCCCAAUCGCAGGUUAGGUUUUAGGAAUUGAUUUUUGAGCGUCACUCGAAUGUGUAUAGUACGCACUCACACUAUCCCAUGGCUUCUAGGUGCCACUAACCAGAAUUAUUAAGUUUACCUAUCGAGUUCACUGACAAAUGACAAUCCGACUUUGGCGGCCUCAUCUCCAUCGUCCGUAUCCGAUCGCUAUAAAAUUCACCAGUCACAUCUCAUCAGUGACCGCGAAUAUUUCAUUUUCUCCGUCGCCAGUUGUCAACAAGAAUUUCGUGGGCCUUUGACAGCGAAUCAACGGCGGCGCUUACACCAUUUGGAAGCCCUAAUCCUCGACGUUUGCAAUAACGUUACUUAUACCUACAUUAUACAAUUUAUGGAAGAAGUCAAUUUGGUUUCAAUCUGACUGAUAAAUUACAAUAAUUCACAAGUGGAUUUUAAACAUUUGAAAAAUAAGAUUUGACAAUGUUCACCUUAUCAAAACUAGCAUAUUUUCAUUGUGACGAAUUCGAAAAAUAUUGGUAUAAUAACAUUCCACAGAAUGUAAUUAAAAUUUAUAUCAAACAGUGUUGCGAAACAUUAAUACUAGGCAAAAAAGUUGUUGACCAUCGUUUGAAUACUAAGACAUGUUACAUUGCAGCAGAAUCUGGUCAUGUUGAUUGUUUAGAGAUGGCUCACAAAUUAGGCUUUGGAUGGAAUAAAGAUGUCUGUAUGGCUGCUGCACAAAAUAGUAGUGUGGACUGUCUAAAAUUUGCCCAUGAGAAUGGUUGUCCAUGGGAUAGAAGUGUAUGUUACACUGCAGCAAAACAUGGUAAUUUGGAAUGCUUGAAAUAUGCUCAUGAGAACAAUUGCCCUUGGGACAAAUAUACAUCUAACUGGGCUGCGAACCGUGGCAAUUUUGACUGUUUGAAAUAUGCGUUUUUAAAUGGUUGCCCUUGGGACGAAAAAACUUGCAUGUUGGCAGCCCACAAUGGACAUAUUGAAUGCUUAAAAUACGCCCACGAACAUGGUUGUCCAUGGGGUGAAGAUACAUGCAAAUGGGCUGCAAGUAGUGGACAGCUGCAGUGUUUAGUGUAUGCUCAUAGUAAUGGGUGUCCAUGGACUGUAGAAACAUGUACCAUGGCUGCAUCAAAAGGCCAUCUUGAUUGCAUAAAAUAUGCACAUGAAAACGGAUGCGUAUGGAAUAAAGAAACAUGCACUAUGGCUGGUUCUAAUGGACAUUUAGAAGUUUUGAUGUAUGCUCAUGAAAAUGGGUGUCCUUGGGAUGAAGAUACAACAUUUGGUGCAGCCGAAAAUGGACAUUUAGAUUGCUUGAUUUAUGCUUUUAAUAAUGGAUGUUUAUGCAAUGGUAAAACAACUAGUGCCGCUGGUAAAAAUGGGCAUUUGGAUUGUUUAAAGUUUUUACAUGAAAAUAAAUGUCCUUUGGAUUUAUUUUUAACUUUUGGAUCUGCAAAAAAUGGACAUUUAGAUUGCCUCCAGUAUGCCCAUGAGAAUGGUUGUCCGUGGCAUGAUUAUACAUGUUACAUAGCUGCUCUGAAUGGCCACUUUGAAUGCUUAAAAUAUGCUCGAAAAAACGGAUGUCCUUGGGACGAUGAAACACGUAAUUGGGCUGCCUUGAAUGGAAAUUUUGAAGACUGUUUUUAAACUAUUCAUAAAAACUAGCUUGAAAAUUUAAUUUUUUUCAAUGAUAAUUUAGAAAUAUGAAUUAUAUAGUUUUUAUAAAAUUAAAAUUAGUAUAUAAUGUGAAUCCUGUAUGUUGUAUAUUUGUAAGAUAGAAACAACACAUGCAACUUCUUAAAUGGGAUUAUAAAAUGUACAAAUAAUUAAUAAAUCA